CGAUAAUAAUGGAUAAUGUAGAAAAAGAAAAAUACCAAUUGGACCACGUUGGGGUACAUUGGAGGGUUAGGGAUUGUAGAUUAUUAGAUUUUUUACCAUAUAAAUGCGAAUGGGGAAAGCAGUAUUGUCAUGACCAUCGGGAUCCAAAAGCACAUGAUUGUAUAAAAAAAAAUGAAAAGAUAAAUAAAAUAGUGCAUCCUUGUCCGAUAUGCAAUUGUUUAGUUAAAGUUGAUUCGGUGGCUUCAAUCGAUCAAGUUAUUUCAAGGCAUAUAGAUAGUGGUGAAUGUGGUAAAACUAAACCUAAUGUACCUAAAAGUUAUGCAUGUACAUUUAAAAGUUGUAAAUCUACCGAGUUUGUAAAAGUAUUGUGUGAUAAAUGUAAAGUUAAUUAUUGUUUAAAACAUAGAUUUCCAUCAAGUCACAUGUGUCCAGGGAAACCAAUAAAUAAUACAUCAACUAAAACAGCAAAGGCAUCAUUUACCACAACAUCAACAACAUCAUCAUAUAAAAAUAUUAGCGAUUCACAAUAUCAUACUGAACAAAAAAAACAAAAAAAUGAUUUAACAAGUUUAAGAGAAGAACAAAAACAAAGAUAUAUUUCAGGUGAUUUAGGGGAAAUUAGGGUGAUUCAGACUAAUGGAUACAGAAUUCAAUCAAAUUUUAAAAAGACAGAUACUUUAAGAAAUGUUAAAGAUUUUAUAAAUAUUAAUCGUACUGAUGGUACUAUUCCUUAUGCAAUUUGUAAAGAUUCUUCUGGCCAAACACCAUUUUCUAUUUCACAACUUGAUUUAACAUUACAACAAUUAAAUUUACUUCCAAUCUCAACUUUAUACAUGGUUCCUUUAGACAAUAGAAGCGGAGGAGCAGGUGGUAAUAACAACAAUAACAAUAAUACAAACCAAGAGGGUUUACUAUCUUUUUUAAAUCCCUUUAAAUUUUUCAAAUAGUUAAAUUAAAUUUAAAAUAAAUAAAAGAUAAAGUAAUAAAUUAAAGAAUUUAGUUAUUUUAUUUUUUUUGUUUUUUUAU